CAAUCAAGAAUGGCAAGCCUACUAAAACAAGGGCAUUUCCCCUUACUCAUAUGUACUGCUUUCGCAUUUUUCAUUGCAGCUAUUCAGGUGGCUGCAAAUAAGCCCUAUGUUUAUCCUUCAAUACUGCCAAAGCACCACCCCAAGCCUUACCAUAAGCAUUUGCCUUAUUUAUACAAAUCGCCUCCGCCACCACCAUCCAAGUACUACUACAGCUCACCUCCACCACCGCCAUAUUCUGUUAAGUUGCCACAAUUUCCGAAGCACGUAGAACAUCCCAAGUAUUACUACAAAUCUCCACCACCACCACCGAAGAAGUACUACUACAGCUCACCUCCACCACCGCCAUAUUCUGUCAAGUUGCCACAACUUCCAAAAUACGUAGAACAUCCGAAAUAUUAUUAUAAAUCUCCUCCACCACCACCAAAGAAGUACUAUUACAGCUCCCCUCCACCACCGGCAUAUUCUUACAAGUCACCACCACCUCCAAAGCAUGUAGAGCAACCCAAAUAUUAUUACAAGUCGCCACCACCACCAAAAUACUAUUACAGCUCGCCACCACCUCCAAAGCAUGUAGAACAUCCGAAAUAUUAUUACAAGUCCCCUCCACCACCACCUCCUGCAUACUACUACAAGUCACCACCUCCACCGUCACCUUCACCACCACCGCCAUAUCACUACAACUCACCACCUCCACCAUCUCCCUCACCUCCUCCACCAUACUACUAUACCUCUCCACCACCUCCAUCACCAUCACCACCGCCGCCUUACUACUACAACUCACCUCCUCCGCCUCCAAAGGGUUAUUAAUUAAGCCAACAACCAACUCUUGUUCUAUUCCAAUUUGCGCCAAGAUACAUAAAUUUGUAUCGGAGUUUGUGGUAUCAUAUAUGUUCAAUGUCCUUAACUUUUUGUUAAUUCAAACAGUGUACUUGGAAAGUUAAAUAAGCAAAGGGUUUAUGAAUUCCUUUGCUGUGUUUUUAUUCUUUAAUUUUACUCUAACCUUUGGUUGUAUCUUUUCCUCUCAUCCACAUUUAAUGAAAAUUCAGUUCUGGUUUGAUUAUUGCAUUA